UCGUUGGCUGGCUAAAUGAUGCAUCCCUUCAUUUCUGUUUUAUUCCACCAGGUGUUGUUUCAUUGUCUCAAGCUCUGUGUUCAAGUGACGACUACUCCAACUCUCUGCUGCACCUGGACCUCAGUAAGAACCCCGGGGUUCUGUCUGGAGAGGACGCCACGAACCUGUACCUGUUCUUGGCCCAGCCCAACUGCCUGGUCCAUUUAGACCUGUCAGGGACAGACUGCACCGUGGACUCGCUAUUCGGGGCCCUGCUGCGAGGCUGCUGCGCCGACCUCUCCUACCUGAAUCUGUCCAAGAACUCCUUCUCUCACAGGAGAGGGAGAGACUCUCUGCCGACUUUCCGCCAGUUCUUCAGCUCGGCCUUCAGCCUGACCCACGUCAGCCUGGCCUCCAUGAAGGUCCCACCGGAUUCUCUGAGAGCUCUCUUCCUGGGUUUGUCCAACAACCCUCACAUCUCCGACCUUCACCUGGACAUCAGCGGCUGUGAGCUGAGGUCGGCGGGUGCCGCCGUGAUCCAGGAGCUCUUCCCUCGCGUUUCGUGUGUGGGGACUUUAGACGUCUCUGAUAACGGUUUGGAUGCCGACUUGUUGGCUGUCAUCCCGGCGUUCUCCCGGCACCCCUCCCUCAAACACGUGAUGUUGGGGAAAAACUUCAACAUCAAGGGCAGGGUGCUGGAUGAAAUCCUGCAGAAACUAGUUCAUUUGGUGCAAGAAGAAGAGUGUGCCCUGCAGUCUCUCUCUCUGGCCGACUCGAGGCUUCGCCACCGGGGAACAGUGCUGGUCAACGCCCUGGGCUCCAACGCCUGCCUCCGGAAGGUGGACCUGAGCGGCAACCUGCUGGAGGACUCCGGGGCCAAGAUGCUGAGCAAGGCUCUGCAGAUCAAUACAACACUCAGGAGCGUGACGUGGGAUCGCAACAACACCACUGGAGUCGGCUUCCAAGACGUGGCGAGAGCGCUGGAGCACAACUUCACGCUGCAGUUCAUGCCCCUCCCCCUUUGUGACAUCGCUCAGGCGUACCGCGGUGCCCCGGAAAAGACCGAACAAGCCUUGGCCAAGAUCCAGCGCGCACUGCUCAGGAACAACCAGACUCAGCGCUUCUCUCAGAAGCAGGCGCUCAGGCUGCACCAGGGUCUCGUCACCAGCACCGCUGAACAGGUGAUGGAGCGUCUUUGCGUGAGGGUGCAGCAGCAGCUUUGUGUCCUGAAGUCCUGCGAGGACGGAGACGAGGUCCAGACUGCCAGACAAAUCCUCAAAGAGGCCAGAAACUCAAGAGCUCUGUACCCGUCCCUGUGUGAGCUGGCCCACGUCCUGUCGGUGGACGGACCGGUCAAGCAGCGGCUGGACACGCUGGCCGGAGAGCUGGCCAAGGCCGCAGACAAAGAGCUGCAGGUGGUGGUCGACUCCAUGGUGUCUCUCUGCCGAGAGCUGUGUCCCAUGUCCUGCUCGGCCGCCGAGAGGCUCAGCCCGCCUCUCUCCUCCAUCUCCGAGCAAGUCUCCAUCCCUCGCUCAGCCAUCCGCAGCGCUCUGAUGGAGAGAGCGGCCGAAGACAUCAACCAGGCUCUGGAGGAGGUGAAGCUGUCCGUGGUCUCCUAUCUGACAAACUCUAUUGUGGAUCAGAUCCUGCAGGAGCUCUACACCACCCAUAAAACCCUGCUACGACAGGUCUCUCAGGCAAAGCGCUGGGACGAUGUCGGGACGGGUAGGCGAUCCGUCAGGCAUUCGAGACUUGUUGAAUCGCUGGAUUUCCCCGAUGAGGACUUUGGAGUGAACCUUGGAAUAGAUACCAUGGCGAUCAAAAAGCGGAGCUCCAGAACCAGAAGGAUCCGUCCGGUCUCCACCAGAAUGAGUUUAGGUGAUGAACCCAGUCCCUCUCCCACUCCCUCUGCUCCUUCCCACUCGGCGUCUCUCACUCACUCGGCCUCUUGGGAGUCCCUUUCCACUCUCCCCACCAAUGGCUCACCUCUGCGUCACGUGACCCACGUCAGGCCACGCCCGCCGCGACGACACAGAGCUGCACACAUUCCUCCUGAAUCUCAUUGCUCUGAGAACGGAGGAGUCAGUAUGCUGGAGGACGGACUUCCAGAUUUCUACAGCAAGAGAGUUCUGCCUGACAGGUGGGGUCACACUUCGGAUUUAUUUCCUUUGACCUGUUGCUCUAUGACCUCUGACCUGCUAAAGAAGCCAUUCAAGGGUUUCUCUUGAAUGACUUCUCAGUUU